CACUGGAUAAGAUGUGACCAACUUGUGCUGCAAAACAAUUAUAUUACUGGUGAUAAAUUUUGAAGUGUACUUCAUUUAAAGGAGGAGUGAAUGUUUAUAACUGGGGAAAAGUCUAUUACAGCAUAGAUUGAGCUGUGAAGCCGAAAAAAAAAGUAAGAUAAAGAAUACUUUAUAAAGACAAAAUGAUGAUAGCAGUCUACAUGUUUCUGUUGCUCUGUUCUCUGUUCAUGGCUUGCAUUCAUUGUGAUCCUGCACAACUGUGUGGAAAUAGGUGUUUAUGUUCUUCCACACAUGAUCAGAAGAUAGUUCACACAGCAGUGUGUUCAAAAGAUUUUCCAAGCCAGCUAACACACAAUAUAUCAGUUUUAAUUAUGAAAAACCUUGGUAAAACACUUAAUAAAGAUGAUGUAAAUUCUCCAAGUAAAUUAACUAAACUUGAUCUUAAAGGAAAAAUCAAAGAGAUCCAGGAUCAUGCUUUUGACAUUGAAAACCUCAAAAACUUAUCUGUACUAGAUCUAAGUAAUAAUACGAUCCAAAAACUCACAUCCAAAACUUUUUCUGGGCUAAACAAUCUGAGAGAAUUGUAUCUAGAUAACAACAAUGUGAAAGUCAUAGAGAAUGGAACAUUAACCUUCAUGGGAAAACUAAAUAUUCUGUUCCUUAACAGAAACUAUCUGACUGAUAUUCCAUAUUUGCCAAUGAAUAUUACCAAACUCCAGUUACAGCAUAACCAUAUCAGAACAGUAAAUUUUCAUGGUCAAAAGCUGUAUAACUUAAAGUAUCUAGAUCUUUCUGGUAAUGCCUAUGAUUCAAUAAAGAAGAUGGAGUUUCUCCUGGGUAAUCACAUAGAACAACUUUCCCUUGGGGAUCAAAUUCUACAAAUUGAACCACAAGUAUUUCAAGAGACUAAAGAACUGAAAAGAUUAGAGCUUGAAGGAAAAGAUUCUUUGUUUCCAGAGACUUGGGAAGGAAUUUUUCAAAUUAAUUCACUGGAAACACUGACAAUAAAAUACAUACCACUACCUCCACUAAACCAGCAUAAUUUUAGCUCCAUGUCUCAUUUAAAAUCCCUUAGACUAAUCCACAUAAAUACUGAUGUUCAAAUGAAACGAAAUGUGUUCAAACAACUGGUACAGCUAGAGGAACUUGAUCUUCAGGGAAGCCCAAAUAUUGCUCAGCAUAUUAUUAAUACAAAUGUCUUGCUUUCAAGUUUGAGUCAUCUUAAAACUCUGAUACUUCAAUCUGUUGGGAUUAAAACAUUUAGAAGUAAUCAAAGUGAACUACUAAAGAACCUUUCAUUUCUCGACAUUAGCAAUAACAAACUUCAAUGCGACUGCCGACUCAAAUGGCUGAUAAACAAAGUUAUCACUGGACAGAUGAAGCUAAAGAAUCCAAAGCAAACUAUUUGUUCAGAGCCAGCAUCAUACUAUGGAUACUCUAUUUUAGACAGUCGAGUUACCUAUACUUUGUGUCCCAAAGAUGAGAGCACAGACACUGAAGCUACCAAAAUUCCCGAUAAAGCUCGUGUUACAUUUUAUCCUCCUUCAACCUCACCAAACCAGAGUAUGAACUCCAAAACCAUCAUUUACAUUCUGAUUGCUUUGUCUACAAUGGUCGUCAUCUUGGCUGUUUUGCUGAUAAUCAUGAUUUUCAGAAACUGGCGGCAAAAGUAAAACUUGCAAAAUUAGAAUUAACAUUUAUGGUUUUUGAAAAUAUUAAAACUUGAGUACUUGAUUACUGCGAGGAGUUCUUCCUAAUCAUUAAUGUUAAACGUCUUUAUAUAAAUUAAAUAAAGACUGUAACCACAAAUAAUUUGAAAUAUUUACUUGCUUCUAAAUUUAUCAUAAAUAUUACAUUCCAAUUUGAAGUUGUAUAUAUAAAUAUGUAUAUAUGUAUUUUGUACUAAAAAGAAUUUUUAGAUUACAUUUAUGUUAUCUGAAUAUCUAGUCUCCUGACUCAAUGAGCAUAAUUCCUACUUGUAUGAAUUAUGUAUUAAUUGUGCCGUAUUAGCAAAAAUGUUUAAUACUUGAGUCAGUACUAUUUAAUAAGAAGAUUCCCAUUUAAAUCUCUUAAAAAGUUCACUAUUUUUUGUCUCUCUUUUUGCCAUUAACAUAAGCUUAAAACCCUUUAAAUUGAAAUGUAUAUUACACAUUAAGAGCCCUUAAAAGUACCACUUAGUAUCAGCUGUGGCAUUCUCAACUUUUUUAGGUUUCACUGUUGGCUAAAUCUAAACCCAGCACUUUUACCUUCAUUCUCUACAAAAACAACUUUAACCCUAACUCUAUCCAUUUCUUGUUCUGCUCCUGAUCUGCUAUUUUCUUUUUCUGCUAAUAGAGCAUACUUCUCCAAAAUAAUAUUUCACUUCUUAUCAUCAAAUAUGCAAAUAUAUUAUAUCUUUCUAAGCCUCCUACAAAUGAAUUCAAGCCUAUAAUUCACAAAUAUAACCCAAUCUUAGCACCUCUCACACCCUAUGAACUCCAUUUCACUAUUAUCCCCUAAAUAACUCUAUGCAUAUUGAAGUUUUGCAAGUAUUAAUUCUCUAUUAACAAUAUUUAUAAAUUUAAUUAUAUAAAGAUAUUUGAUAAGUAGAUUGGAUUAUUGAUAAAUCUAACACUAAAAUCUUUCUCUUAGUGUUAAUUAAUAGGGAUACUAUACAAGUCAUGAACUCUGUUAAAUCUCCUGUAUUGCAUAAUAAUUGCAUAGUAUGAUAUUACGCAUUAUCUACUGUUUGAAAAUAACAUAUUUUAUAGAGUUUCUUCUUUGUUGUUUGUACUUGUACACCUUUUUCUAAAUUGUGGUAAGUGAAGUAUACCUGUUAUCUGGAGUUUUUGUAUAUUUGGUUGUAGAGUGCAUUAAGUAAAUAAUCAUUAAAGGUAAUUCUCCAAAUAUAAUGACAAGAAAGUAGUUGUAUAAAAUAUGUUGUGAUGAAUAAUGAGAGAACAUCAUUACUGUAUUUCUGGAUAACAUUCAAUGUAAUAAAAGAACUGUAACUGACA